AUGCUCCUAUUGAUGUGACACUAGAGCCAGAUCAAAGGGAGAUAACUGUAGAUAAAAAUGAGGAUUUAAAAGUAAGAUGUUCAGCUAAGUGUUUCCCAAAGUGCGACGUAACAUGGGGAAAAGAUUUUCAAGUUCUUGGAUCAAAUGAUUUGAUUAACUUAACUGAGACUGUGUUUGGAAAAGAUUUGAAAAUUGUAAACAUCAGCAGUUCCUAUGAAGGUUUUUACGUCUGUCUGGUCAACAACAUUCACGGAGAAGCAAAAACGGGAUUUACUCUUAGUGUUAGAGAGAGUAUUUCUGUGAAGGUUGUUAUUGGUUUUGUUAUUGUAAUUGCUGCUAUUGUUAUUGUUAUGGUAUUUGUUAUUGUAUUUGUUAUUAUAGUUAUUGUGUACAAGAAAUAUCUGAACAAGAAAAAGAAAAAUGACCAGCAUAUUCGGUGUCUAGUAGAAGACAGUAUUUAUGACACAAUAGAUGAAUCGUUAAUUGGAACAUCCAGAAAUGAUGAACCGAGAACAUCCAGAGACCAUAUUUCCAGAAAUGAUGUACCAGGAACUUCCAGAGACAAUAAUUCCAGAAAUAGUAUCCAAAACAUG